AGAAGGAGUAAAGGGGAGGAGGGAGAAUAACUUGCUGGCACCGCCCGCCAGAUUCACAGCAGAUCUGAGAUUUAUCGCAUCCUCACAUCAAACCCUAAAUUACUGCUCUGCUUGGGGAAGGACUGGAAUAUUGUUGGGAAUCUUGCUGCUGGAGGAAGUUGCAUGUCCACAGAUGCUUCGUUGAUAACAAUCUUUCAUCUCGCAUCUCCUCUUAUCGCCAUCUCAUCUCUGCGCCCCCCCUUCCUCCCCUCCUCUGCGCAUCUGAGCCAACGCCGGUGGCCGACUGGACGCGCUGGAUGGCUGCUGCGCUUAACGGACCGGUGGGAGCAUUUCUCUUGUCUUAUUAAAACCAAACCCCUGUUCACCUCAUCCUCUGCCUUCUGAGACCGAACACAAAACAGUAGCGUCAACAAUGGCUGACCACGUGACCCAGGACUUCUGCCCUGUCCCAGAACCGACGAUGGUGGAUCCCUGCCCGGCCACAGUGCGGAACGGCCAGUGCGCCGUGGAUGGCUUCACCAACCACCAGCAGCAGCAGCAGCCAGCCAAGACCCCCACUGAGCCCGACCCGUUCACAGGCAACCAGGAGAUGAAGAUCACUGACAAUGUGGACGGAGAAGGUCUUCUGGAGAGCAGCAUGCGCCUGAAGCCCCACGAAGCACAGAACUACAGGAAGAAGGCUCUCUGGGUCUCUUGGAUCUCCAUCGUGGUCACUCUCAUACUGGCUGUGGCAGCUUUCACUGUUUCCUUCAUGAGACACAGCGCGUCCGCCUUUGGAUUUGCUUUUGAUGCCACUCUGGACGUCAUGUCGUCAGCCAUUGUUUUAUGGCGCUACAGCAACGCUGCAGCGGUUCACUCAGCACACAGAGAGUACAUAGCAUGUGUCAUCCUGGGGGUUGUUUUUGUUCUUUCCUCCCUGUGCAUCUUGGGAAAGGCUAUCCAUGAUCUGGCAACCAAGAUGCCUCCAGAAGUGGAUGACUUUCUCUACAGCGUGUCCGUAGUAAGUGGGCUCACUUGUGCUGUGCUGGCCGUGGCCAAGUUCAUGCUGGGCAAAAAACUGACGAGUCGGGCACUUAUCACCGACGGCUUUAACUCACUGGUUGGAGCCAUAAUGGGAUUCUCAAUUCUCAUCAGCGCUGAGGUUUUCAAACAGCAUCCUGAUGUGUGGUUUCUGGACGGCAGCAUCGGAGUUCUGAUUGGACUCAUCAUACUGGCAUAUGGAGUCAAGCUCCUGAAGGACAUGAUACCACGAGUCAGACAGACGAGGAACUAUGAACGCUUUGAGUGAAAGACCUGACCGGAUGAGCAUUUGUAGACACACACACACACACACACACAUACACACACACACACACACGUUCCUCUACAGGCAUAUAUGUGAAUAUACGUGCUUUGAAGCUGUACAUACUGUACAUAGUCACACACACACACACACACACACACACACACACACACACACACACACACACACACACACACACACACACACACACACACACACACACACACACACACACACAAGUCUGAGAGACUUUGAGAGAAAACUCCACGAUGGAAUCUCAAUUAGACAUUUUCUUCUUCGCUUUCUCUUUUAUUUUCACCAUAUGCAACGUUUAAAUGGUGCCCCGGAUGGAAAACACAUUUAAAAAUUACAAACUACUUUAGAAAGUAAAGCAGACACGGUUCAUACCAAUGCAAGGUUUUCCUUAGGUUUAGUGUGUUUUCAUCAAUUUAAUUUGCUAAAUAAAGCAAUUGAAAUUGUUUUUUAUCAAUCUGACUGUAGUGUAACGCCCCGUGUGUUAUUCUGACUAAUUAUUUAAUUGAUUUAUUAAAUAUGUAAAAUCACUUGUAGUCUUUUAGAAUCGUGGUUCCCUUUUUAAUAAAUGUUGCAAACAGUGUUUCGGCUCUUGUGACACCAAAGAGAGGAGCAGAGCUGGUGAUCCCGACAGAUCUGUUAAAUGCUAACAAGAGUGAACUUCAUCAAAAUCUCCAACCCACAUCUCCAGAAGGGGGUUUCCUGCAUCCCAGUAGAGAAUGGGUAAAUAAAAUCCCAAUGGCCCAUGGUGCAUUCAAUGGAUCACAUUCUGUUGUAGACAUAGCUUUCAGGAGCUGUGGUCAGAAUAUUGUGACCAGAGGACCUGAUGGAGGACCGGUAGAUUUUCUUAAUCCCAUCGCCAUGCCCAUGGGGAAAGUGUGUCCAUAACCUUUGAAGGUCUAGUAGGUGGUGGACAAAGAUAAUACCAGCUGUCAAACCUCUAAAGGUUGGUUUAUGCUUGGCGCGUCCGCGAGGUCCGCACGGCUCCGCGCGGUGAAAUUGCGUCAUUUUAACAACCACGCCCCUCCACCGCGCCUCCGCACGGCCCAAAAUUUCCGCAACGCUCACCUAGGAACCUUUCUAACCACGCGGAUGGUCGGACGCGGAAAAACAUGGCGGACCGGCAAGAACUAGUAUGGCAGAGGUUCGUAAAUACAGACAUUUGUAUGAUUCAGCUCUCAGAGAUCACCGUGAUCAACAUGUUGUUAAUAAUUCUUGGAGAGAAAUAGCUCGCACUGUCGGAAAAGACGAGGACGCUGUUGAAAAUGCUGAAAUGCCAUGUUGUAAACAGUAAUUUCUACUUCUACUAUGGUGUAGUGUUGGAUGCAUGCCGUAGAGCUCCAUGCUGCCCCCUACAGUUUGGGAGAAUAUUGGCUCACUGCAGAGACGAGCCACACGAACCGUAAACGCUGCGAGUUGUGAAGCGCGUUCCAUCCGCGAGCCGCAUCACCAAGCGGAAAGUAAAUGUGUCAAGCAUAAACCAAGCUUAAGUCGGUGUGGCUUUUCAUCCAUCUCAUGGGAUGGCGGACCUUCCUCCUCGUCUUCAAUCCUGUUCAUGAUGUUUAUGAACAGGAUUUCAUGGUAGAGUUUAGAAGAGUAGGGUAUCUAGUAUGGGAACCUCGGGUGUGCAUCUCUGAUGUUCUCAGGUUCUGUUGGUGUGUCUUCACCUUUGACAUUCGGUGUGCACUCGAGUGGCUCGCAUGCAAGUAAGAUGCAUCCAGGAUAAGAUUCAGCUCCUCUAAAUCUGAGGCAUGAAUCUCAACCAGAUUAAAGAGGAAGGCUCCCUCUAGGUCGAGCUGAGUCUUCAUCAAUCGGGAAAGCACAAUGCAGCAAAAAUAACGUGAGAGAUGGACCAAAAGGUCUGGGAGCCAUCUGCAGUAAUUAGGGUGUUGCUCCAGGCUCUUUUUGGUCCAUUUAAAUCACAACCCUCACAAACCGAUUCGACUCUCGAUCAAAAGAACAAGAUCUUGAGUACUCACAGCUACAGUGGUCUUCAUAGACCCUUUUACUACCUAUGUCAUCAAAAGUUGCGCGCGUAGCCUGGCAACGAGAGUGAAGGCUUCCUCAUUCACACUCGAUACUAAAACAGCAUUUUAAACCCUUUGUUUUGAAGUUCUGAGCACAUAAAAAUGUCGGGUUGUUGCGUGUAUGGAUGCCAGAAUCGCUUCUCUUCAAGCAGUGGACGGAAACUUUACAGAAUUCCGAAGUUCUACAUUUUUCCUGCUCAGGUCUUUCCAUGCACAUGCCUGAGAUCAGAUGUAACUGCAGCCUUUUCUGUUUUUCCCAUCCUAACACAAAGCUCAACUUUGAAUAAAAUUGCUGCUGCGUGGCUGCAGCAUGACCCAAGUCUGGAACAUCAAAAUUAUAGAAUUAAACAAAUUUAUACGCUUUAUUUCAUGCUUCAAAUUAACAUUUCAUUCUAAUUCAUCUGUAUUUUCCCACUGCAUAUUAGUAUAAACUGUAUUUCUCUAAAAUUAACACGAUUGUACUCUGAGCACACUAAAAAAAGAAACCUACGCUAUACUCACCCUGCCAUGCAGGUACAGUUGGCUGUGAAGACGUAGUUCUCUGGUUUGUUUACUAUGACCCAAGCCUCGUACAUAGCAGUCUUGUGUCCUUGUCUUUGGCUAGGAAGGACUUCUGCCUUCAAGACGCAAAACUCAGAGUCUGUGUUGUGAUAUUUUACUUUAUGUACGUGGCCACAGACAACAUAGUUGUAUGCAUCUAACGAUUUGUAUGCCCGUAGCUUCUCACGUGUGUACUUACUGGGCCUCUCCACUAAAAAUGUAUAUAUAUAUCGGGCCACUGGAUAUCUGGCCACGCACCUACAUCUUCCACCCAUUCCGUAAUGCCACAGGGAUCCGGGAGUCUGUUGCCAUUCGUUAAAGUGACUUUAAUAAUAUAACAUUCAAGAUUUGCCGGUGAUAACCCCGCAGCGUAGCUUGAUAAAGCCUGACACAACGCCAUUCUCUGUUGCCAAGCUGCUCGCGCAUUCUCGCUGAUGUCAUAUUGUUUACAAACAGUAAAAGGGUCUAUUGGAGGGUUGACUCUGCCUUUGAGAUAGAAGGGUGAGUCGAAGUAGAGCUGUUGCCCCUCCCCUUAGAACAGAGCCUUUUGACUGGGAUGCCACUUGGUUGCCCUCCUCUGGAGUUUCCUGGCAUGGCUAACUGGGAGGAAACUCCAGGGCCAAGUCUUUCUUUUGUUGUUUUAAAGCUUUCAAUCCAAAGUUUACCAGCGUUUAAAAAUAAUAACAAAAGGAGUCUAAAAUGUUUUCCAUAAAAUGUUUAUAAACACAAGUGCACAAAUCUAGAGUAAGGCCUUUUUUAUGUACGUCGUCAUGGUGAUGGUGGUAAUCGGAUGUAAUUUGCUGUAUGUAGCCUGAAAAUGAUCACGGGGCCAAUUUUUACCAAACCUUAGAGGCGGUUUACUUUUAUUUACUGCUGUGUUGCCAUCACACAACUUUUUACCUGAACUUGUGAGAAAAAGGCGAAACAACACCAGGCAAUAAACUAAAGCACCAUUAUUUACUCUCAUCCAGGUCAUCAUUCUUUUUUAGAUGUUUGCACUAAAACUAGGACUUAUUACUUGAAUUAUUUUAGUCAAAGUUGCCUCUUUGCAUCCUCCUUGACUGUAUAAAUAAGAGUGAGAGGACUUUGGGUACAGUGACAGAGAUCAAGCCGUGUAGGAAUAGUUUUUAUUUUAACUGUCCAAUUGUUUGUCCUUUACCAGCACGUUUUCCCACCAUUAUUAAACUGUCCAUCAUUAUGUGCAAUGAGCAGAAUGUAAUAUUAAAGCACAAAGCUCUGUAAAUAUGUUUAUUACACUGUUUGGGAGUAGAAGGCAUAAUACAGACUGGUUGAUGUUGCAAAUGUUUACCCUGUAGUGUGAAAAUACUGUAAACGUUUCACAUUUUACUGUAGAAUCUUUGUGAAAUGAAGCGAGUCUUACUGUACGUUGUUGCGCUGUAGACGAACAUUUCCGAUAGGGUGCAGGAUUUACCUCACAGGGCGAUUCAAGACUUUAUUAAACUUUAAUGUCACCGUUUUGAUGAUUUAUUUGAAACUAUGUAAACUUGAAAUUCUGCAACAUUGAGAAUGAACAUUUAUUAGAAUUAAGAAAAUGCUUUUCAGAAAUAACAAGUGCAUUCAAAAACUUAGAAAGUAGAAACAUGUCCUUGUAAAUGAAACAUAAGAGGAGUGUUUUGCACAACUUUAAAUAGCAGGGGCUCCCCCUAGUGGCCCAAACAACGAUGACAGUGUCAUUUUGUGUCCCAACGUGCUUGAGCUCAACUAAAAACUGUGAAAGUCUUGGGAAGCAGCUGUGCAGAGUAACUCUGCACUCUACAUACUUGACAAAGUGUAAACUUGUGGGUAUAAUCUUUAACUCCGUGGUGUGAAGAGUUUGGAUUAGGUGUACUGAUGGUGUGACAUCUCACACCAGCUCAACUCACCAACAGCGCACUGAUUUGUAACGUCCCCCUGCACCCCUCUUUACCGCAUAGAAGACAAUCUUUACAGUGAUCUUUUAUUUUCUACAGCAAGGCACAGAGUUUCCACAUGAUGGAGCCACCUCAUCACAGAACAAACCCCACUGUCAAUCUCUUCCACUGCUUCUCUGCAGCUUUUUAGCUCAGUUGCACUUAAAACUAUUCAUGUUUUUGGCAUCAAAAUCCUUUCUACCUCUUUUCUUCUGUCUUGUUUUGAUGCUAAACAUUAACAGUGACAUUUACAUUCCAGUAAUGUCUAUUUUUCCCUCUUUUUUUCCCCAUUCUUGCUUUUUCGCAGAAAUGUUUUAUGUUAAAUUGCAAAAAUGCAAAAUUUCCAUUUUUUCCAUCUAAUUCUCCAGUUCAAAUGAUCAAAACCAAGUGCCAUCCAUUCUGAAAUUGCCUGAGAAUGUCUCAUUUACGACCAUUUGCAGAAAACACCAAUCCAUCCAUUUUACCGAAAGUUAUGAUAGCAAUACACAUGACUUCUCUGUUGCCAUAAGCGUUGCAUGGGCCUGUAAUCCUCCCCAUACAGUAAUAAAUGUUUCAUAGCUGCACAAACAUGAAACUAUAUAAAUGAAUUUACUCUAUAUAACAGACUGUACAAUAAUGGCAUCAGUGUUAAACAAGAUUAUGUAAACAUUUAUUUUAUGUAAAAGGACAGUAAGACUUAUGUCUUUGUCAAUGAAAAGUUUUGAUUCAUUAAAUAAAGUUGUUUUUUCCUGUUGAAUCAUCAGAA